ACCCCAACUCCCCGAUCACCCGCUGAGUCGCUGACCCACCCAUUCCCCAGGUCGCAUCCUUCCUUCCACGCAGCCACCCGUCAAUCCGCGGGGCCAAAUCGGAGAGGAGGGAGAGCGAAAAAUGAUGCUGCGCCACGCCGCCCGCCGCCUGGCCUCCCGCGCCGCCGCGGCCCGACGGGCGCUCUCCACGGCGGGGGUGCCCGCGCAGGCGUCGGAGGACUCCACGUUCGUGGAGGCCUGGAAGAAGGUGGCCCCCAACAUCGAGGCCCCCAAGACGCCCAUGUCCCUGAUGCAGCCGCGCCCGCCCACGCCGGCCGCCAUCCCCACCAAGCUCACCGUCAACUUCGUCCUCCCCUACAAGUCCGAGAUCGCCAACAAGGAGGUUGACAUGGUAAUUGUACCAGCUACAACUGGUCAGAUGGGUGUUUUGCCAGGCCAUGUUUCCACAAUCGCAGAACUCAAGCCUGGUGUUAUGUCGGUACAUGAGGGAAAUGAUGUGACCAAGUACUUUGUGAGCAGUGGCUUUGCAUUCGUCCAUGCAAACUCCAUCGCUGAUAUUGUGGCUGUUGAGGCUGUCCCUCUCGAUCAGAUUGACCCAAGCUUGGUCCAGAAGGGUCUCACUGAAUUCACCGCUAAGCUUGGAUCAGCAUCAACUGACUUGGAGAAGGCUGAGGCUCAGAUCGGAGUCGAUGUUCACAGUGCGCUUAAUGCUGCAUUGACCGGUUAAUUGAUGACAUCUUAAACUGUCUCGUAUUUUGCAUCUUCAUUUUUAGAAUGUGAGUUGAAGUUUGCAAACCCAUGGACUUGGGAUGAAGAGAAUGAUCUUAAUAAAUUAUACUCCAUCUCAAACACAGACAUCCGUUUCUUCUUUUACUUGUAUCCUGCAUGGAUAUCUUUUUGUACCAGUGAAUAUUUGUCUGUGAGCUCCAAGACCUAGUGCUGCUUUCUGUUUUCA